AUGCCAAUAAAACUUGAACGAAAACAUGCUUGUCCAUUUACAUUGGUACCAUUACUUAUUGCACUUGGUUUUGUUCUUUUUAAAUUGUAUACAGCAAGUAAAGUAACUAAUCCUGAAACUGGUCGAACAGCUCGAGUUGGUCUCAAUCCUGAACAAGAGCAAAAAUUAGGUCUAGAAGCUUACGCUCAAGUAAAAAAAGAUGAAGCAGCAAAAAUUGUUCUAACCGGACCUGAAAUUGAUUUAGUUAAAAGAGUAACGAAUAAACUUGCCAAAGCAGCAGCACAAAAAGCAACUGUUAAUUAUAAUUGGGAAAUUAGUGUAAUUCAAUCACAUGAAAAAAAUGCUUUCUGUUUACCUGGUGGCAAAAUCGUUGUUUAUACAGGUAUUAUUCCAGUAGCAAGAAAUGAAGCAGGAUUAGCUACAGUUCUGGGUCAUGAAAUGGCACAUGCUACUUCGAGACAUGGUGCCGAAAGACUUUUUCGUUCUGAAAUAACGAAAACUAUAUUGGGUGGUGCUCAACAGAGUCUUGCACAAAUGGAUCCAAAUCAAAGACAGACAAUAAUGGGAGCACUAGGUGCUGGUGCCAAAUAUGGUGCAACAUUACCAUUCUCUCGUGAACAAGAAUCUGAAGCAGAUCACAUUGGCUUAUUAUACAUGGCUCGUGCUGGUUAUGAUCCGAAGGAAGCGAUAGAUUUUUGGCACAGAAUGGAUGAACUACUUGGCAAAGGUUCUCCAUCAGAAUUCAUGUCUGAUCAUCCAUCACACGGUACACGUAUUAGUCAACUUAAAGCAUGGAUGCCUGAAGCAGAAAAAGAAUUUACUCAAUAUCAUAGUCGUGCUCCAGCUGCAUGA